AUGACAUUACUCUGCUUACCGAUAAUAUUAUUUGAGAUGACGAAAAACGAAAUUGAUAUUAUUAAAGAGAUUUUAAGAGACAGAUAUCUCGGAAAAUCCGAUGAAAAAGAAGAGCUGGAAAUUCAAAAUGCCUUGGAAUACAUCAAUCUACGACCCUUGAAAAGCAAUAAAUUACUUCUUUCGCAAAUUCAAAAGACCUUGAACUACAUCAAACUACGUCCUUUGAAAUACAGUAUUUGGAGAAUAUUUUACAUGGAUGCACUUCUGCCGUUAAAAAUUGUCACCAUUUGCGUUACAUACAUAAUUGUGGUCACUCAAUUUACAAGUUCGGUGUAA